AUGAUUGACAUAGUACAACGUCUGGGAAAGAGGAAGCCAGGAGUCGUGAGACCAAGAGGGAUCAUACUUCGCUUUCUGUCGAGAACACAGCGGGAUGCUAUUUGGGCUGCAGCGAACAACCCAUUCCUACGUGAAAACGGCCUAAGGUUUGCUGAAGAUCUCCCUCAAGCUGUUAAACAAAUUAGAGCCAAGUUUUGGCCUGCAAUUCAAAAGGCACGUAGUGUGAGAAAAUUAGCCUACUUCGUUGGGGCGCGGGCCUUCAUCAGGGGCGUUGAACUUCAUCUCCAACAGAUUGAGGAUGACCAGCGGGAUGUUAAAGGAAACUGGGCAUCAAGAGGAGCCGUUAUACAGUCAUCAACAUCUGGGAACUGGUUUGCUGAAAAGGCUAUUGAUGGUAAUCGAGGUCUCCAGCAGUUGUAUAUGGGAUGUUCCUCAACCCUUAAUCAGACUAACCCAUGGUGGAGAGUGGCUCUGCCUCAUAUUUAUAGAGUUAGUAGAGUGGUGGUCACCAACAGAAAUGACUGCUGUACCGAACAAAUAAACGGAGCGGAGAUUCGCAUCGGAAACUCUUUGGAGAACAACGGCAACAACAAUCCCAUAUGUGCUGUUAUUCCUGCUAUUCCAGCAGGUGAGUCCUACAGCUACUCAUGCGGUGGAAUGGAGGGACGUUACGUGAAUCUGAUCAUUCCUGGAAACAUGAAGAUACUCACUCUCUGUGAGGUGGAGGUUUUUGGAAAAGGUCCUGUUUUAAAAAGAUCAAUUGUAAAAAUGCUGUUUAACUCCAGAGCUGAUUUGACCGACCAGACAAUGAGAGAAAACAUUCUGAUACAGUUGGCAUCUGCUCUGGCUGACAGAGGAUUCACAAACGUGACACUGAGUUGGUUUCAAACCCCUGAAUGGGUGAUUCAGAAGGUUGCAUUAAAGUACCGUGAUAUCCUGGAAAGUUCAAAUUGA